UGCAGAGCAGCGCUGGCUGAUACGCUCCUGCAGUCUGUGCACAGAGAGAGAGAGAGAGAGAGAUACGACUGCAGAGAACACUGAGAAAAUCAAAUACACCCUCAUACACGCACCCACUGCCCACUCUCUCUGUGUCCGUCUCUUCUGAGCCCAAUUCACUCCCUGGAUCAUCUUCUCUUGCAGUUUUCUUGAUAGGGACGGAUAGAAACCAGGAUCAUCCAGCCGUCUGUGUUUCUUGUCUGAGACAACUCAAACUGGAGAAGAGAAGGUGGAAGAUGGUGGAAGCAAGGCCCAGAUGGACCCCUCGAUGGCCAGAUUGGCGACUGUCUGUUUGUGUGCUGGUUUUCUGUAUGUUUGGGAUGGCGGUGGGCCGCAGGGCUCCCAAAACCCCUCGAUGUCCAGCCACCUGCUCCUGUACUAAAGACAGUGCCUGCUGAUGGUGCCAUUAUUUUCAGACUGAGAAUAUAAGAAGGAAGGAAGAUCUGACUAUGGUGAACGCUGCUUUCACAGAGAUUCCUGAAGGAGCUUUUUCCCACAUGCACCUACUGCAGUUCCUGCUGUUGAACUCCAACACAUUCUCGCUGAUUUCUGAUGAUGCUUUUGCCGGUCUUGGACAUCUGCAGUACCUAUUUAUUGAGAACAACGACAUCCAAACCCUGUCAAAGCACACAUUCAGAGGACUGAAGUCUCUGACACAUCUGUCUCUGUCCAACAACAACCUGCAGGUUCUUCCCAGAGAUCUCUUCAAACACCUGGACAUCCUCACUGACCUAGACCUGCGAGGGAACUCGUUCCGUUGUGACUGUAAGAUCAAAUGGCUGGUUGACUGGAUGGAGAAGACCAACACCUCAGUUCCCGCCAUAUACUGCGGCAGUCCUUUUGAGUUCCAGGGUCGACGCAUCCAUGACCUUACACCACGUGACUUCAACUGCAUUAGCGCAGAUUUUGCGGUAUAUGAGACAUACUCGUUCCAGUCCCUGUCUGUGGAGUCAUACGAGUUUAACGAUGACCAGUACGUAGUUUUCGCUCAGCCCAACACUGGAAUCUGCACUGUGUUCAUUUGGGAUCAUGUGAACAUGCUUUUCAAGACACAUUACAACAUCACAUCUCGUUCUGCUGUGUAUUGUAAACCUGUGGUUAUCAACAACACUCUCUACAUGGUUGUGGCUCAGCUCUUUGGAGGAUCCCACAUCUACAAAUGGGAGGAAGGUCCAUUGCGUUUCGUCAAAAUCCAGGACAUCGACACCACCCGUGUCCGUAAACCCAACUUCAUCGAGACUUUCCAGAUCGAAGGAGACUGGUAUUUUGCAGUAGUUGAUGGCUCUAAAGCCGGAUCCACAAGUCUGUACCGCUGGAACAGUAACGGCUUUUACUCACACCAGUCCCUCCAUGCCUGGCACAGAGACAAUCACAUCGACUUCCUAGAGGUGGACGGCAAACCUCGCCUCAUACUCUCUAGCGCCUCGCAGCCCCCUGUGGUGUAUCAGUGGAACCACAGCCAACGCCAGUUUGCCUACCACUCUCAGAUCACCGAUUCAGGCGACGUGCAGAUGGUGAAGCACUUCUGGGUUCGAAAAGUGCUGUAUCUCUGCCUCACGCGCUUCAUAGGAGACUCGAAGAUCCUGCGCUGGGACAACCAGCGCUUCGUAGAGAUUCAAACCCUGCCGUCACGGGGCUCAAUGGCCGUGUAUCCAUUCAGCGUCGGGGUGAGGCAGUACCUUCUGCUGGGAAGCGAUUAUUCCUUCUCUCGGAUCUACCUGUGGGAUGAGCUCACUCAAAGAUUCCAGCCCUUCCAGGAACUCAACAUGCUCUCGCCUCGAGGCUUCAGCCUGGUCUCUGUUGACAAUAAGGAUAUUCUGUUAGCGGCCAGUUUUAAAGGAAAGACCAUGGCCUACCAGCAUCUAGUUGUGGAUCUCAGUGCCAAAUAGGCAGCUGGAAAUGUUUUGUAUAUGUGCGUAAAUGCCAAAAAGUGCAAAACUUCCACACUUUUCUACAUCUGCAUUCACACAUGAAUUGAUCCUAUCAUUGCUAAAUACUCAUACAUUAGUUACUGUGUCUGUAAGCCACCAUCAACUCAAUAA